AUGUAUAGCAAGUUUUUGUACAUUUGUGAAGAUGCCCAACUAUCCAUUCUUCCUUCAUCACAAGUCGUUGCAUUUGGCUACUUGCGAAUUUCUUCCCCGAGGGUGCAAUCAUGUGCCCCACUCUUUGGCAACUUGUUCCGUCUUCAUAAACUGGCAAUGCUGUCUGCGACUAAUAAUUAUUCAAUGAUUUCAAGUUUUCAAUCGGAAAGGAAAAACAUUUUGAAUUUGGAAGGAACUUCUCUGUUUUCCGUGCUCAUGGAGAGAAUUGGUUUCCUCUUGUCAAUCACGUUUUUGCUCGUACUGCAGUGCAGUUUUGUAGGCACAGUAGGGGUAGCACAAACCAACAUCACCACGGACCAGUCUGCUCUUCUUGCUCUCAAAUCCCAUAUCACUAGUUACCCUCACAACAUCUUGGUCAACUGGUCAACCACCACAUCCGUUUGCAAUUGGGUUGGCGUUACUUGUGGUGCUCGUCACCUCAGAGUAGCAUCAUUGAAUCUCUCGUACAUGGGUCUCACAGGCACCAUUCCACCACACUUAGGCAACCUCUCGUUUCUUGUUGAGUUGCUCUUCAUAAACAACAGUUUCCAUGGCACCUUGCCCAAGGAAUUGGCUUAUUUGCGUCGAUUGAAGUUGAUUAGCUUCGGAUACAACAAUUUUAUGGGAUCCAUUCCAUUGUGGUUUGGGUCCUUCCCCAAACUUCAAAGUAUCGAUUUGCGUGGCAAUCAGUUUUCAGGUUCUAUACCGGCGAUUAUCUUCAACUUAUCUACACUACAAGUAAUUAAUCUAAGCAAUAACCAACUAUCAGGAAGUGUGCCAAGAGAAAUAAGGAACUUAACAAUGCUCAAGGAGAUAGACCUGAGCUACAACAAGUUCAACGAAAUUCCAAACGAGAUCGGCUCUUUAGAUGAGUUGGAGAAGUUAUAUGUUCAGUCAAAUGCCCUAAAAGGGCAUGUUCCUCUGGGUGUUUUCAACAUGUCUUCUUUGACUAAUUUGAAUCUACAUGGAAACAACUUGAGUGGUAGUCUUCCUGACAAUAUAUGCCAGCAGCUUCCUAGUCUUCAGGAGCUGGAUCUGGGUCUCAACCAGUUUGAUGGUCCACUUCCAUCCAAAUUAUGGCAAUGCACACAACUUCUUUUUCUAAAUUUGGAGGAAAACAAUUUCAAUGGAAGCAUACCCAGAAAAAUUGGAAACUUAACCCAGUUAAGGAAGAUUUAUCUUGGCGUCAACAAUUUGACAGGCAUUAUACCAGAUGAGAUGGGUGAUCUUCAAAAUUUAGAGUUAUUGUCGAUCGAACAGAAUAAUCUGAAUGGCCUCAUCCCAUCCUCAAUCUUCAACAUCUCCAAGCUAAGAGCACUCUCGCUUACGCUGAAUAAGCUAUCGGGUAGCCUCCCAGCAAACAUAGGCCUUGGGGUUCCAAACCUUCAACUCCUUUAUAUAGGAGCAACUGACGUCAGCGGAGUAAUCCCCAACCUCUCCAAUGCUUCUAAGCUCACCAGGAUAUCCAUGAGCUACAACUCAUUUACAGGGUUUAUUCCGAGGACGCUCUGUGCCUUAAUAAAUCUUCAGUGGCUUGGCUUAUACAUGAAUAAUUUGACAAUUGACACUUCCACUCUCUCUUGUUUGGCUAAUCUUAAAAAUUUGACAACACUAGACUUGGGAAAUAAUCCUUUAAAUGUCAGACUUGACGAUUCCUUUAGGAAUUUCUCUUUGACAUCAUCGCUUCAAUAUAUUUCCUUACCCAAUUGCAUCAUGAGGGGUAACAUUCCCAUUGGUAUUGGCAACUUGAGCAGCUUGGUAGCCUUAGAACUGGGAUACAAUCAAUUGAGUGGAUCAAUUCCAACUUCAGUGGGAAGACUUGGGGAUCUCCAAGGAUUGAGUUUGGGUGGUAACAAGUUGCAAGGCUACAUCCCAUAUCAACUUUGUCAACUAGAUAACCUAGCUUACUUAUAUUUGGGUAGUAAUCAGCUCUCUAGUUCUAUACCUUCCUGCUUGGGUAAUCUAGCCCCAUCUCUAAGAAGUCUAUCACUGGAGUUCAAUUUGUUAACUUCCACAAUACCAUCUAGCUUGUGGAAACUUACGUAUCUAUUGUACCUAGACGUAUCAUCCAAUUCUCUAAUUGGACCUCUCUCACAAGAUAUUGGAAACUUGAAAGUUGUCCUAGAGGUAGAUUUAUCAAAUAACCAUUUAUCUGGUGUUAUACCAAGCACCAUUGGCCCUCUUCGGGAUCUCGUUAAUCUAUCCUUGGCAAAUAAUAAUUUGGAAGGCCCUAUUCCAAGUUCUUUUCACUACUUGCUAAGCCUGCAACUCUUGAAUUUAUCCAGAAACAAUCUAUCUGGAGUGAUUCCCAAGUCUUUAGAAGCUCUGUCACUUCUCAAGCAUCUGGAUUUGUCUUUCAACAUGCUCCAAGGAGAAAUUCCAACAGGUGGACCAUUCCAAAACUUCUCUGCUCAAUCAUUUGUCUCAAACAACGCACUCUGUGGUGCACCCCGACUUCAUUUUCCACCAUGCAAAAAUACUACACUUGAACCAAAUUGGAAGAAAGCUAAAUAUAUCAUCCCAGGUAUUAUAUCAGUAAUUCUCCUAGUGGCCUCCAUAUCUAUAUUUGUACUACGCAGGAAAAGAAAUGUGGAAGUUGCAGGAGAGGCUACCUCGUUGCCUCAACUUCUUUGGAGAAGAAUUUCACACCUAGAACUUCUAAGGGCCACGAAUGGAUUUAAUGAAAACAACUUACUCGGAAGUGGGGGUUUUGGCUCAGUAUAUAAAGGGACGCUUUUAGAUGGAAUAGACGUUGCAGUAAAGGUUUUCAAUUUCCAGCUAGAAGGGGCUUUCAAGAGUUUUGAUAGGGAAUGUGAAAUGCUAAGCAAUAUUCGUCAUAGAAACCUUAUCAAAAUCAUCAGCUGUUGCAGUGAACUUGAUUUCAAAGCCUUGGUAUUGAAUUACAUGCCAAACGGGAGCCUCGAGAAGUGGUUGUACUCUCAAGACUAUUCUUUGAAUAUCUUACAGAGGAUGAACAUAAUGAUAGACGUUGCGGCAGUGGAAUACCUUCAUCAUGGUUAUUCAGUACCUAUUAUCCACUGUGAUUUAAAGCCCAACAAUAUACUACUAGAUGAUGAUAUGGUUGCACAUGUUGCUGAUUUUGGAAUUGCAAAACUCUUGGGUGGAGGAGAUUCUAUUACCCAAACCAUGACUCUAGCCACUGUUGGGUAUAUGGCUCCAGAGUAUGGAUUGGAAGGAAUGGUUUCAAUAAGAGGGGAUGUGUACAGUUUUGGAAUUCUAGUGAUGGAAACAUUCACAAGAAGGAAGCCAACAGAUGAGAUGUUUGUUGGUGAAAUGAAUUUAAAGCAAUGGAUUGCAAACUCACUGGUUUUGCCAGAUGCAAUGAUAGAUGAAGUUGUGGAUGCCAGUUUGCUUUGCACACAGCAUGAAGAUGAUGAUCAUGUGAGGAAAAGGGAUUGCUUAUCAUCCAUUAUGAGAUUAGCCCUUGCUUGCUGUGCAGAAUCGCCUGGAGAGAGGAUAAAUAUGGAAGAAGCUGUAGCCACACUCAAAAAAAUCAAGAUAAAGUUUUUGAAGGAUGCUGCUCCUGCUGCUGCUCAAAUAAACAGCCCUCUUGUUCAGCGCUUUAAUUAA